AACCUUCCCCGCCCAGCCUCCUGCAGCCUCCUGCAGCCUCCUCCACCUCCCGCCUCCUCCGAGCAGCGGGACCAUGGAGACCUGCAGUUCCCCGGCGCUCCCGAAGCCGCGGCCGCCGGUGGUGGGCGAGGUGAACCACCACAGCAUCAAGCUGUGCUGGGAGGCGGAGCGGCCGGCCCAGAGGAGCGGGCCCCAGGAGCGGUGGCUGCGCUUCUCCGUCGAAGAGGAGGAUGCCAAGAGGCACACUUUCGGUAUCAUAUAUACGGGCUAUGCCACUCAGCACGUCGUCGAGGGCCUGGAGCCCCGGACCCUAUAUAGAUUCCGGCUGAAGGUCACCAGCCCCACCGGAGAGUCCGAAUACAGUCCGGUAGUCGCCGUGUCUACCACCAGGGAGCCGCUGAGCAGCGAGCACCUGCACCGCGCCGUCACCAUGAACGACGAGGAGCUGCUCGUCCGUGUCCUCCAGGGACGGCACGUUCCAGUGGACGCCCCUAACCGGCUGGGGUUCACCGCCCUCAUGGUCGCGGCGCAGAAGGGAUUCACCAGCCUCGUGAAGAUCCUGGUUCAGAAUGGGACGGACGUGUCUGGGAGGAACAGCAGCGGCAAGGACAGCCUGAUGCUCGCUUGUUAUUCCGGACACCUGGACAUCGUUCAGUAUCUGAGAGCCCACGGCGCGUCCUGGGAGGCCCGAGAUCUCGGCGGGUGUACGGCCUUGCACUGGGCGGCAGACGGGGGCCACUGCCACGUCAUCGAAUGGAUGCUUCAGGAUGGCUGCAAGGUGAACGUGUUGGACGCCGUGUCCGGGUGGAGCCCGCUGAUGAGGGUGUCGGCCGUCUCGGGCCACAGGGACGUGGCCUCGCUGCUGAUCGAGGCGGGAGCCGACGUCAACGUGAGGGACAAAGACGGGAAGACGCCCCUGAUGGUGGCCGUCCUCAACAACCACGAAGAGUUGGUUCAACUCCUGCUGGACAAAGGGGCUGACCCCAACGUGACUAAUGAGGUGACCCCGGCCGGCCGAGACACCCGGGGAGUUCGGCAAGAGCGUCCUGCAGAUGGCCAGAGUUUUCGGCAGAGAGAGCCUGGUGGCCUUGCUGGAGGAACGGAAGCAGGGCCCCGGGACCAAGAAGCCGCCUGCUUCCUGAGCCCAGGCCGGGUCCGAGGGGGCCCCGCGAGCCUCUGGCCUCACCCGCCUGGGUCCUCCUCAGCCUCGGACGUUCCGCCCGCCCCGCGCCCCGCGCCCCGCCCCCACCUCUGCCCCGUCCCCCCGCCGCCCUGCCCCGUCCCACCCCAUGUGCUGCCAUGUGCCGCUUGCAAACCCUGCUGUCUGCCCAGUGCCCUGGACGCUUCACUUCUGCCACUGACCGAAUUCGCUGGGCCUGGCCCCGGCCCGCCGACCCCACCACCACUGGCCUCAUGCCCGCUAGUCCUAUCACUGCUGGCCCCUGAGUGCCAACCCCGUAACCGCCAGCUGUGACCCUGUGACCCUGGCCCCGUGACCACCAGCCGUGACUACUGGCUCCGGCCCCGCCCAACCCUGUGGCCCCGGCCCUGUCGCUGCCGGCCUGUGACCCCGGCCAUGUCACUGCAGGCCCCGUGACUGCCAGUCCUGUCACUGACCGACUCGCUCAGGGCCUUCCUGACCCGGGAGCCCCACGGCGGCGUGAGGCAGGAAUAUGGAUAUUUAGGCGCUCGCUCCACCCCCCUCCCCGCCCCAACAGUACCUGGGGGCCCGAGACUCUUCCCCUCCCGAGUUUCCGGCUGAGGUCUCCUCCCCGUGGCUCCAUCUGCACGUGGCCGCCGCGGUGGGGAGCGGUGGGGUCGGUCUGGCUCACCAUUCUGACCUCUCCUCAGCGUGACUAAAGUGAGGCUUUGGUCUUCAGGGUAGGGCCGGGGCCAGGAUCGGGGGCGGGGGUGCGGUCGGGGUCGGGGUCAGGGCCUGUUGCUUUGUCUUGCCCCGGCCCGAGGAUGGCAGCGACCACGUCACCGGGUGGGGAUGAUCACAAUCCAGUGGCUCAGCAGCGGAGCCGCUGAAGCCUGGCCCAUCCAGCCUUUGCGCCCCAAAGUCCCCAAGCCACGUCCGCUCCUUUGCCGGCCUUUCCCGACAGAAGCACUCCCCUGCUGGAAGUCGGCUCUGGCCCAUUUCUCCCCGCUUAAAACAUCGCUGCCCCCCGGCUCGUCCACCUCCGCCUCCCACAUGGACCGACGCCCCCGGGGAAGGGGGAGAGGAGGGCGCGCCGAGGCCAGGCGAGGCUCACACGCGUGGAUGGCUCUGGCCACGACCUCUCCCUUCCUCCCGUCCCUCCCGCCCUUCCUGGAUGCCCUCCGUCCCGACACCAAAAACGUAACCAGCCCUGCGCGGCUACAGGUUUAUUGUUCGUUCAGCGUAAGGUCCGGCGGCCACCACCUGCUUCUGCUGGGGCAGCAGAGAGGCCGCGAGGUCAACCCAGACGUGGGCACCGAAGGCACCGACCGGAGCGUAGCAGGGCACAGCGGGGCAUGGGCGGGUGGGCGGGGGAGCAAGCUGCACCUCUCGAAACAGGAGGAGCAAACUAAACACGAACGUGCUGUCGAUCGACCUCCUGGAACUCAAAACGCUUCUCCGCUCAACAGUCUGUGACCAGUUAGACUGAUAAAUUGCAACGCACCUUGAGACAGUGGCCGCAUUCUCAGAGUCUGAGCUACGAGGACGGAGAGAAAUGGCAUCGUCUGGCCUCCGAUCAUCCUGGAACAUGCCUCGAAGAGCUUCUAAAAGAAGUUUCCUGUUCUGGCUCUGCUUCGCUUUACUUGUCUGAGAGCCCGGAGGCUCAGCUAAAUGUUUGUUUUGGUGUAAUUAAACUACCCUUUCCGACUCCUUCGA